GAGAGCCCCAAGCUCAGAGAAGUAGUCCAGCCGCCCAACAAACAUCUAGUCUGUAUCCUGCAGCUGCAGCACACACACCACUCUCACCCUGUUACCAAAGAUUUAUUGAAUCUGUGAGAUAACGCUGAGUUGUUGCGAGUCCCUGAGAUAAGAUCACAGCAGCUUCAUUGCACCUGAGAUUCAGCAGAGAUGAUGAUGAUGAGGAUGCAGCAGGACUCACACGGCUUUCUGGUCCUACUCCUCUUGGUCUUCAUCGCUGGGACAGCGCUGUCUGGUCCCUCAACCCCUCGCAGGAGCAGAGUGCGACGUCAGAACAUGAAAGUUCGUAUCAACGCCACAGGAGACACCAUCGUGAUGAAGUUUCUGCGACCAAACGCUGACACCAAGCUCGAGGGCUACAUCCUGGGCUAUGGCAGCAGCAUGUUCUCCAAACAGUUCAUUCCGCUGCCAGAGAACGGAGAGCCAUAUGAGACUGAGUUUGAUGCUGAGCCCAAAUAUCUCAUAGCCGUCCAGCCCAUCCCGACCAACGACGUGAAAAAGCAUUGCACAGGUAAAGUGGAACUGCAGAAGCCGCUACACUUGGUGAUUGGAUCAGUAACGCCCACCUCAGUGCUCCUGUCCUGGGGGACACUGUUGAAAACACCUCAUGAGGGCAAUAUCAUGAAUGACUGUGUAGAGGACGGACACUACACAGUGCGCUAUCGUGAGAGGAGCAGGAAGUGGAACUACCAGACUUGCCCUACCAGCGACACGGUCAUCGACAAUCUGAAGCCCAACACAGUCUAUGAGUUUGGUGUUCAGCCCAACGCCAAGGAUGUCACUGGAAUGUGGAGCAAGCCGGUCAUUCACAACAUCAGCUCGGGGGGAUUAGAGAAGAAGGCCAUCAGGAAAAUCUUGAAGCGGCCUCCAAACCCUGUGAAACCUAUUGCAGCAGGUCCACGCUCCUUCCCAUUUGUUACUCGCCAUGUUCUCCAUAACAAGACCCAGAGCAGACUGCCCAUCUCCCGGAGCAUAGCGUCAAAAACAACUCUUGCUCCAACCACAAGUACUACUACAACUACUAGACAGGAAUCUCUGUCAACUCCUGGACCCACACCGCCUACCGUCACCAAACGGCCAAUCGGUGGAGGAGACCUCUCCAGAUCUGUCUUGCCUCCUUUCCUUGAAAUUCCAUUAGGUCCCAAGGUCCAUCCUACACUACACAUUACUCCCCCUGUGGUGUUAAUGCCAGUCUCCCACACAAAUGUGGAUAAACAUGGAGUGUACCCACAGCAUCGGCCACAACCAAAGCCUAAACCAACAUCACAGUACAUAACUCAGACCAAACCAAUAUCAAAACUCAUACCCCAGACCCAACCACAACCUAAACCAGCAUCAAAACGCAUACCCCAGACCAAACCAAAACCCCAAACAACAUCAAAACUCUUACCCCAGACAGAUUCAAAAUCCAAACCAACCUCAAAACUUAAUCCCCAGACCCAACCACAACCCCACCCAACAUCAAAACUCAUACCCCAGACCCAACAACAACCCCAACCAACAUCAAAAACUAUUUCCCAGACCCAACCACAACCCCACCCAACAUCAAAACUCAUUCCCAAGACCCAACCAACAUCAAAACCUAUUCCCAAAACCCAACCACAGCCAACAUCAAAGCUUAUUUCUCAGACCCAACCACAACCUCAACCAACAUCAAAGCCCAUGUCCCAGAUCAAACAUCAACCACAACCGACAUCAGAACUCAUACCGCAGACCCAACCUCAACCAACAUCCCAGAGAGUAACCCAGACUCAAACACAGCCCCAAACAACAUCAGUACUCAUACCCCAGACUCAACCACAAUCCCAAUCAACAUCCCAUCUCAUACACCUUACCCAACCUCAAUCCCAACAAACACCCCAUCCAGUACCUCAGACCCAACCACAACCCCAAACAACAUCUCAACCCAUAACCCAUGAACCAAGUCAAACCCAACCCCAAUCCCAGCCCAUAUUCCACACCCGGCCUCAAUCACAAUUUCAACAAAAGUUUAAUAUCCAACCAGAGCCUAAAAACACACCGCAGCUCUGGGCAGAUGCACAAUCUCAAACAACAAUCCAUCCCAAACAUCAGCGCCAGCAUAAAACACAACCCCAAAUAAAGACCCAGACCCCACUUCAACCACAUGCUCAACCAUCUCCCCAGCCCACAUAUAUGGCACAUGCCCACACACCUUCACCAACACUCCAGCACAUACCUCAUACCCAACAAGCACUACCCAUGAUUCACAUCCAGCCCCACUUUCAACCACAAUCCUCAAAUACACCCCAGCCACAAACCCAAACACACCCUCAACCAAUGACCAACCCACAGUCCAAGCUAAAUGCCAAGGAAAGGCCUAAAGUCCAACCAACAUCUAAACCCAAAAUUAAGUCUGUCCAACCAAAACCCAAGAUUCAACCAAAGAGCGUACCCAAGUCUGAAGCCAAAGUCCUGCCCAAGACAAAACUGAACCCCCAAUCAAUAACUCACCAAAAACAGCAACGUAAACAUCAACCAAUGCCUAAAACCAAGGACAAACAACAAACUAAAUCAAAAGCACCACAGUCACAACCUCCUCCAAAGACACAGACUCAGUCCAAACCUGAACCUCUUCCCAAACCACAACCAACAUCUAAGAGUCGAUCAAAUCCUCAACUUGGUCCACCAUUGCAGCCUCAGACCAGGACCUACUCUGAACCCACCCAGGCCACCCCAAGACACACUGUCCCUACGGCUCCUAGUCCAGCAGAAGAGGGCAAGCCUCUACCAAGACCUGCCCUGGCUACCGAGAGAGCCGGUAGUUACAAUUUUGGUACUGGCAUCCACAGACCAUCCAAAGCUGAAGUCCCUCGUUCUCCCAUUAGCUCAUCAAUUCCUACAGGAGCAAGAAACAACACGCUAUCUCGCCCCCGGAUUCCCCCUCAUUCCACUGGUGGUGGUGUCAGAACAGGUUCUUCAUCCAAGACAUUGACUUCUUCUCGCAGCUCCAGCACACCCGGGGCAGCCGAUGGGGUUCAUCAUAGACCCAUUGCUCUUCCUAAGCCUGUGGUGUGGUCCAAAGAAAACCCUGUUCUGCAACCCCCCAUUCCCGUCAACAAGAGACCCAACCUGGUGGGGAAACCAAAUGACCAUGAUAAACCCAUGGACCUAAAACAAGGAGACAAAGAGUCCAUCUUGAAGCCAUUCCCUCUGGUCACAGCCAAGCCCAAACAAGAGCGAAGACAGCCGACGACCACCUCUGCCCCGGCAGUAAACAGCAGCCACUAUGACAUAUAUGAAAACUCCUCCAUAUUCAGGCCCCUGCCGGCAUCAGACCUAGACAUCAUGGGCAAGAAGCGUUUUGUAGCUCCCCACGUGAUCUACAAGACGGAUAAAAAGCCAGACGAGCCGUGCUCCAUCACCUCCUCUCUCUCUUUUUUCCCUGAAGAGGAGGGCAGCGAUCAGAAUGUGACGACCCCACCCCGCCUCCCUCCCUCCAACCUCACCGUGGUCACCGUGGAGGGCUGCCCAUCCUUUGUCAUUCUUGACUGGCAGAAAACUGACAACGAGACCAGAGAAUAUGAAGUUGUGUCCACCGCUAAAGGACCGAAUGGACAGGAAGUUUCCAUACUGACGACCAACCAGACACACACAGCCGUGGAGAAUCUCAAACCGGAGAGCAAUUACGAAUUCAAAGUAACACCAAAGAAUGAGCUGGGAACCGGACCCUCCUCUGAUCCCGUGACUUUUAGCACAGAAUCAGCUGAUCCACGAGUGAGUGAAUAUGUUGCAGGCAAAGACGCCAUCUGGACUCAGUUCCCAUUUAAAUCAGAUGCCUACUCUGAAUGCAACGGGAAGCAGUACGUGAAGAGAACCUGGUACAGGAAGUUCGUAGGGAUCCAGCUCUGCAACUCGCUGAGAUACAAACUCUACCUGAGUGACUCGCUCAAUGGUAAGUUCUACAACAUUGGAGAUCAGACGGGGCACGGUGAGGACCAUUGCCAGUUUGUCGACUCCUUCCUGGAUGGACGGACCGGCACCCAGAUGUUUGCUGACCAGCUACCAAGCAGGCUAGGGUUCUACAGAGCAUUGAGACAGGAACCUGUCCACUUUGGAGAUAUUGGAGGAAAGUCACACGUUACCUAUGUGGGCUGGUACGAGUGUGGCACACCUAUUCCCGGGAAGUGGUAAGACCCCACAGAGCUGGCCCGGAGGAUGGCUCCCUAGCUUCCAAGAAGAAGAAGACAAGCUUUUCUUUAAUGUUACCAUGGACACUGUCAGUUGGAACUCGGCCUACUCUGCCAGGUGUGAACCUCUAUAGAACGAUCAUGUGUCACAGAACUCUGUCCCAUGCAAUUGUAACAUUGGUCGUAAUUUCUCUAUUUAUCCAAAAUGCCACGAUGGACAAAAGAGUGUAAGUGAACCAAAAUGUUGAAUAUACAGUAAUCGGCAAAACUAUUGGGAAGCUGGCUCCCGAAGUGUAAUAACGUGUAUGAUAUUAUUUAUCAAGGGUUUGUUAUUGAAUAUUCUGUAUGCUUGGGCUUUUGAGAUAAGAAAGUAAAAGUUGUUCCCGGUACUUGCAUGUCAGUGCAAAAAUCAUUUGUACACAGAAAGGUGCCAAAUCAUACUUUUCGUUGUACAAUUGGACCCUGCAAAGUACAAGUAUACACAGACAUGCAGAAUCGACCUUCUGCUGGCCCUAAGGGAUUAUUAGCAGUUGCAGUUUGCACAGUAUUAAACUUUUUUUUCAUAUAUGUAUAUGAUGUCAAGUACAGUUUGUAAACCAGUGAGCACAGAAACAUUUCAGGUAAAACAUAAAACAGUUUUAGCCAAAUUGUUGAUCUGUUUGUAAGAAAUCAAACGUUUGAGUUUCUGUGGAUCACUUGAAAACAAAAGCAUUUGUAUUUUUUUAUGCCUGUGCAGUCUUGUAUUGUAGAAUAAAAUAAAGAAUAAAAUAUAUAUAUACGUUUGUAAAAAUAGAAAUAAACUGAGCUUCAAUGACAUAAUUUAUGUUUUGUGUUAAAUCAUUGGAGAGUAACUUGCCGGUUUUUCCACAUCUGUCACGUUGGCAGUUGUUUUUGAUGGACCACUUAUGU